CACUAUACUAUUUUCUUGUUCCAAACAAGAAUCAUAAGUGACAACUUGUGCACAAGCACGUGUACUUCAUUUAUAUGAAAAUAAUAUUAUAUUUCUCGUAGAAAUCAUAUAAUAAAGAACGAAAGAAAAAUUCCGUAAUAAAUACUGCAAUGAAGAAAACUAUUUUGACAAAUUGUGAGAGAAACUUUAUUAAUGCGUCCAUAGAAAAAAAAACGCGAUUAGAUGGAAGAGAUCUUUUUGAAGCAAGAUCCGUUAACAUUUAUUUCGGUUCUGAUUGGGGUACUUGUAUCGUAUCCCUUGGAAAAACAAGAGCAGUUGCACAAGUAUCAUGUGAUAUCCAACAACCUAAACCAUCUCGACCAAAUGAAGGUAUGAUUUAUAUUAAUGUCGAGUUGAAUCCAUUAGCAGCACAACAUUUUGAAAAUAAUCGACAAUGUGAAGCUGCUACUUUAAUAAACAGACAAUUAGAAAAAUGUAUAAAAGAAUCCAAAUGCAUAGAUUUGGAAUCUUUAUGUAUCGUGGCUGACAAAAAGGUAUGGAAUUUAAGACUUGAUAUCAACAUUUUAAAUCACGAUGGAAAUUUGAUUGAUUGUGCAUCUAUUGCUGCCCUUGCAGCACUUUUGCAUUUUCAUAGACCAGAUGUAACAUCAACUGGAGAUAAUAUUAUUGUUCAUCCAUUUAAUGAAAAGGAUGCUUUACCACUGAGAUUGUUUUUCUUACCUGUUUGUGUUUCGUUUAUAACAUUUGAAAGUGGAAUUACUAUCAUGGAUCCUACUUAUAUAGAAGAAAAAGUUGCUGUAGCUCAAUUAACUCUUGGUGUAAAUUCAUAUAAAGAACUGUGUAGUUUACAUUUCGAUUACUUAACAAAAACAUUAACUGUUGAAGAUGUUAUAUCUGUAGCUUCUAAUCAUGUUGCAAAAUAUGCAAUUAAUUUAAUAAAACAAAUUAAAGAAGCAGUUGUAAAAGAUAUAAGUUUAAGAUAUAGUAAAGAUAAUACUUACAGUUGUCAUAUCAAAGAGUGUAUAAUUUCAAACAAAAUAACUACUAUGUGUAAUGAUAAUAUCAGUAUUAAAUUACAUAACUGGAAUUUCACACAGCAACAUAAAAAUGAGACCUAUGAAAAUGAUAACAAUGAAGAAACUAAUCAUAUUGUGAAAUUAGCUGAAGGUUUUGCUGAAUUGAUUACAAAUGAGACAAAAACAAUAGGAGAUGGUGGUCAUAAUUCAUGGUGCCCAUCAUCAGAAGAUGAAAUGAGUGAUGUUGAAAUUAUAUCUGUAAAUGAAUCUUCAAACACUACAAUUAAUAAAGCAGAUAUUUUAGAAUUAGAUGAUGAUAGUGAAGAGGAAAUUAUUGAAAUAGUUGAUAAAAAAGAUAUAAUAUAAUACACAUAGUAAAAACAUGAAUUUUAUAUAAAAAAUAUAUCUUACAAUUAUUCAAGAUUAUAAAAUUUAAUCUUAUUAUAUAUAAUGAUAUUAAUAAUCGUAGAUUAUAGUAAGGAAUAAUGAAUUGUAUGUUACUCGAAAUCUAAA